AGCAAGUCUGGCACAGCCUCCCAGACCUUCCUCCGAGCCACUUUCAGAAAAGCAAGAAAUCGUGUUUGCUGUCCUCCUCCUCAGCCUCUGGUUGGCCUUAGACCUGCCUUGAGGGGCUGUAGGUUUGAAAAUGAACACCACGGAUCCAGCAGAUGCCACGAUGUAUGAAAACAUCUACAGCAACUACUAUAGUGAUGAAAAUCUUCCCAGGCCUUGCACCAAAGAAGGCGUCAAGGCAUUUGGGGGGCUCUUCCUGCCUCCCCUCUACUUCUUGGUCUUUCUGUUUGGCCUGCUUGGGAAUUCCGUGGUGGUUCUGGUCCUGUUCAAGUACAAGCGGCUCAGGUCCAUGACAGACGUGUACCUGCUCAACCUGGCCAUCUCUGACCUGCUCUUCGUGCUCUCCCUCCCUUUCUGGAGCUACUACGCGGCAGACCAGUGGGUUUUCGGACUAAGUCUCUGCAAGAUUAUCUCCUGGAUGUACCUGGUGGGCUUUUACAGUGGCAUAUUCUUCAUCAUGCUCAUGAGCAUAGACAGGUACCUGGCGAUUGUGCACGCGGUGUUUUCCUUGAGAGCCAGGACCGUGACUUACGGGGUCAUCACCAGCUUGGUCACGUGGUCAGUGGCUGUGUGCGUCUCCCUUCCAGGCCUUUUAUUUAGCACCUGUUACACAGAGCGCAACCACACCUACUGCAAAACCAAGUACUCGUUCAACUCCACGCAGUGGAAGGUUCUGAGCUCCCUGGAGAUCAACAUCGUAGGACUGGUGAUCCCCCUGGGGAUCAUGCUGUUUUGCUACUCGAAGAUCAUCAGGACCUUGCAGCACUGCAAGAACGAGAAGAAGAACAAGGCGGUGAAGAUGAUCUUUGCCGUGGUGGUCCUCUUCCUGGGGUUCUGGACACCGUACAACGUGGUGCUGUUCUUGGAUACCCUGGUGGAGCUGGAGGUUCUCCAGGGCUGCACCUUUGAGAGACGCCUGGACUACGCCAUUCAGGCCACAGAGACCCUGGCUUUUGUGCACUGCUGCCUUAAUCCGAUCAUCUACUUCUUCCUGGGGGAGAAAUUUCGAAAGUACAUCAUCCAGCUCUUCAAAACCUGCAGGGGCUCUUUUGUGCUCUGCCAAUACUGCAGGCUCCUCCAGCUCUCCUCCCCCGACACCCCCAGCUCGUCGUACACGCAGUCCACGGUGGACCACGACUGGCACGACGCUCUGUGAAAACACGGACAUGCAAAAAAGACUUAGUAAGCUCAAGCGAAGAACUUACUUAACAUUGUAUCAUAGUCAGAGUUCCCUGAGCACCGGGGAGGAGAUGUGUAUCCAUUGCCCAAAGCGGGGCUGCUCACCUGUGGUGCGCUUUCCUGUGGCCCGGAGUUCAAUGUGGCAGGAGUUCAUGUCCCCCCCUGAGGCGUCCUUCCCCGCGGGCUGGCCUGAGCCAUAAGCAGACCCGCGGAGAAUUCCGAGCAGUGUUUCAAAGAGGGUAGAAAUAAUCAUGGAAGGGGAAGACCCUUCCCUUCUAGCCGGAAUAGAUCGAGUUCCCUGCGGGACUGGACGAGAAUUGACUGGUGGAAUAAAUUGCCACUUCCAGCUGUGAAAAAUGGGCUCUUUAACUACUUUCUAGCUUUUGUGGGACAAUAUAGAAAACUUUCACCUGCAGUCCCAGUGCUUUUUCUAAUAAUGUAUCUGAAGCCAGGUGUAUGCGAAAAUGAAUAGUGAAGUA